GCAAGACUUGAAGCGUCCUUUUAUCCUUUUUAUCUUCAUUCUCAAAUUUUCUCUAUCAUUUCCCAGAAACUGCUUUCCCCUCUGCUUCACCAAUCGAUCCUAGCCAAUGGCCAACAGUAAUCUCCCUCGAAGAAUCAUUAAGGAAACUCAGCGUCUCCUCAGUGAACCAGCACCUGGAAUUAGUGCUUCGCCUUCGGAGGACAAUAUGCGAUACUUCAACGUGAUGAUCCUUGGCCCCACUCAGUCUCCGUAUGAAGGAGGGGUUUUCAAGUUGGAACUAUUUUUGCCAGAAGAAUAUCCCAUGGCUGCUCCCAAGGUUCGAUUUCUUACAAAGAUAUAUCAUCCGAACAUUGAUAAGCUUGGAAGAAUAUGCCUUGAUAUUCUCAAAGACAAAUGGAGUCCAGCUCUCCAGAUCCGAACUGUACUUUUGAGCAUUCAAGCACUCUUGAGUGCUCCAAAUCCUGAUGAUCCACUCUCUGAGAACAUUGCUAAGCACUGGAAAACAAAUGAGGCUGAAGCCGUCGAGACAGCUAAGGAAUGGACCCAUUUAUAUGCGAGCGGCACAUAGUAUACAAGUGGCAGAAACAUUUACACUGUUAAAAAUAAUAUUUUGUGCGAUUCAAUGUCGAUUCUAUAUGGAAAUUUGGAAAGAUUUAUAUGUUUGGUAAAGUUUGAUAUUCACAAAGCUUCCUGGUUGCUGUCUGUUAAAUGUUUAAAUGUUUCAACCCCAAUGGAAGUACUCUGGAUUUGUAUGAUAAUAUAACAUUGCUCUAAACUCUCAAAUGCUGAAGUAAGGGCUAUGUUCUGAGA